AUGGAGGGAAGUGGGGCUGAAAUUGGUGACGAAAUUGGUGACGGUAGUCGCGAGGUUGAUGGAGAAGAAGAAGAAGAAGAAGACUUCAUAUGGAGGUAUGAACCACAAUCCUCCUCUGACAAAGAGGGUUUAGGGUUUAUGGAGGGUGGUGAGGAUUGUUUCACAACCCCAAAAAAGCGAAUGGUUGUAACUGACUACGGGGAAGAGGAGGAAGUUCUUGAAUUGAAGGGGUAUGCCAAACAAAAGGGUUUUGGUGUUGCCCGUCAUUGUGGUUCGGUGAAAUCUUCGGUUGGUUCUGAUAAAGAGAAAGGAAUCGGGAAAGAGAAGCGUAAUUGUUUGUGGACUUGUGAGUGCUAUGGUGUGCCGGAAAGAAGGCGCAAGGUGAUUGGGGAUAAGGUUGCAUCCGAUUCAAAACUCCAUGAAAUAACUGGGAGUGGGGUACGCAAGUCUAAGAAAUGUCAAUGUCCCGUACAUGUAUUUGCAAGUGUAAAUAAGUUAGGAGAGUGGGUGAUACGUAGAGCAGUAAUGGUUCAUGAAAAUCAUCACCCCACUCCUAGUAAGUCUAGGAUUAUUGCUUAUAACCGGAAGAAGUUUUUAAGGGAAAAUCCUCAUGUGUUGACACAAGCGAAUGUAUGUUCGAAAUCUGGUAUGUCUGUGGCUCAAACUUAUAACUUAAUGGCGGUGCAACAUAAUGGUAGAGGUAGAAUGCCUUUCCUACGGAAGGAUCUUAAUGAUGUGGUUGCGAAGGAGAGGAAGGCUAGGACUAGUGGUGGUGAUGCGAAGGCAAUGUUUGACUAUUUUAAGAAGAUGAAAGCAGAUAAUUCUGAUUUUUUUCACGUGUACCGGCAAGGUGCAAAUGGGAUAUUGCAGGAUGUUUUAUGGGUUGAUGCUCGUAGUAGAGCUGCUUAUGAGGAGUUUGGUGAUGUUGUCUGCUUUGAUAGUACGUACUUGACCAAUAAAUAUAAAAUGUCGUUUGCGAACUUUUUUGGUGUAAAUCAUCAUGGUCAGAGCAUAUUACUUGGAUGUGCGCUUGUUUCGCAUGAAAAUAGUGACACAUUCGAGUGGAUUUUCGGUAAUUGGUUAGAAUGUAUGGGUGGUAAAGCCCCAAUUGGGAUCUUAACUGAUCAAGAUCCCGCGAUGAGGAGGGCUUUGAGAUCAACCAUGAGCGAUACAUGUCAUAGGUGGUGCAUAUGA